AUGGGCUCCGACGAUGCGACGGAGAAGAUGCGAGCCUUCCAGCAACAACUUCAGGCGUUGGCCGCCGGGCAAGCCGCGCCCUCCGAAGAGAAACCCCCCUUCAUGGACGAGAACAUGCUGUCGGCGAUGCAGGAGAUCCUGAACAACACUGGGGUCAUGAACCAGCUCCUGCCUACCUCCCCCGCCCCCAGCCCCUCCCAGCACCCGUUAGCACCCGCGGCCGCCAAUCCCAAUAAUCCGGCCUUUAGGGCGCUGUUCGCCGCCCAUAAUGCGCAGGCAGCCGGCUUCCCCUUCGGCAUUUAUCCCAAUUUAGUAGGUUUUAUUGGUUUGGGUAGAGCAGUUUCAAGUUUAUGUUUUUCGGAAUAAAUUAGGGGUAGGACAUGGCUAGAUAGGGUUGUGUUACUGUAGUAAACUCGUUUUAUGGUUGGAUUGAUGAAGUUUAUAUUGUUUUAGUUUAUAUUUGGUUAAAAGUUUUUAAAAACUUAAAGACCAACCCAAACAACUUCCUGUAUAACGUACUCUUCACCAAUUAUCUAUUAAAUAUUGUCAAUUUUCAGGAGCUGACAGAAGCGAUGCGACACAAUGCCUUCGCGGCCCCAUUCCCCUUCAAUUCGUACCAUAUGAUGGAUCCGAAUCGUCGCAAGAACGCUACGCGUGAAGCCACGAAACCCUUGAAGGAGUGGCUCAACCAGCAUCGUACCAACCCGUAUCCCAACAAAGGCGACAAGAUGAUAUUGACCAUGUUGACAGGCAUGACCAUGACUCAGGUAGGCUUUGUUUCGAGACUUUGGGGACUUAUAUGAAGUUAUCAUAGGGCUUUGUAGGACAUUGUAAUGAUUAUAGGACUUUGUAACGUUUUUUAAAGUGGUACAACAUAGAUAUAUUGAUUUUGUCGUACUUUUGUUAGGUGGUAACUAAUGGAUUUGACGAAAAUUUGAAAAACUUGUACUAGGUUAACCGUAGAUUUGUAAACCAGUUGUGUAUUAUAUAUGUCAGCCAAUUACUAUGUAUCUCGCAAAAAGUAUGUUUACCGUACCCUCCACCGGCUAUUCACCUGGGUCCGAGGCUGAGGUUGCGCGCAGUAAUUGCACGUUUCACAAAGUAUAUAACUCUAUGGUGGUCAGGGCUUUUUUACGAUCAUAAUAAGAGCAACAUAUAAUGGUUUACUUUACUUCAAUUAACGUUUCUUUUUGUCGUCUUACUGUAGUUUGAAGGGAUUAACGGGCAGCGACCUCAUAUAAAGUGGAUCGGCCCUCGGAGGGGUUAAGCUAGCGAUUAGAGAAGGAAUGUCAACAAGAAUAUCGAUCGCACAUUCAUCAUAUUAACACUUGCAUCACAACAUAAAUAUAGAUAUUGUUGGGUAAUUGACACCGAUAGAUUAACCUUAUCCUAGACGACUUAUCUGAUCGCCUACCAUAAGAUUUUGCUUUUUAUGACAUGAAACUAAAUUUAUAUAAGGCUUGAGAUAGACACAAAGAUAUUACAUACAGUAUAAAAUACCUCAAAACAUCAUAAAAUAAAUCAAGAUCAACCAUAAUAACAUGUUUCACCAUUCCAGGUAUCCACUUGGUUUGCCAAUGCACGGAGGCGUCUGAAGAAAGAAGGCAAACAGUCAUGGUCGCCUCGGAACGGCCGACCUGACGAUGAAGAUGGCACCGACAACAACGACUCCUCCUUUGCCCACGAACCCCACUCCCCAAGUGGCAGCGUGAACUCGGACGAAUCCAAACAAGAUACCUCAGCCAACAGUCUGGACGACAAGAAGGAGAACGGCCAAGACACCCCCAAACGCAAGAUCUGGUCGAUAACCGACACUCUUGGCCCCUCCCAACCCUCCACCACGAACAGCUCUCCGGACGACAGGAAGUCCAUCCGAACGGCUAGUCCACCUUCCUCCUCCAGCAGCUCGGACGCCAAUCCACCUCAACUCAGCUCCCAGUCCACGGCCCAGCCGGCCGCCUUCAAUGGCCUCCCAUUCUUCAACCCCGCCCAAAUGAACCCCCAACUGAUGGCUAUGUCACAAAUGAAUCCCCAGCUGAUGGCCAUGUUCGCCCAGAUGCAGCAGCAAGCCCAGAUGCGACAAAUGCAUCCGAUGCAGUCCUUCCUCGCCGCCCAGCAACUCUCGCAGAUGGGCCGAAUGGCGACGAAUCCGCCCUCACCCUCCAAAAUGAUGAAUCCGAUGCAGCUGAUUCAGAAUAUGAUGCAACAACCUCAACCCAGUAGCAGCGACGUCAGGGAGCCGAAGGAGGAGAAGCCUUCGGAAGCACGGUGUAGCUCGGAGUCGUCGGCCGAACCAGAAGCCGUGAGUCCGUUCAACGACUGUCUGAAGCAGGAACCAGAUGAGAAGCCGGUUACAGGUAAGGGUUAUAUACCUUGUCAUACAUCUUGUUUCUAAAUACGACUUGUUUGCGACGCGAUAUUAAGUAUAUAAUAAAAUGAAAGUGGCUAUCAAGGUCAAGAUCUCCCUAAAUAUUCUAAAUAUAGUAACUAAGACAGCUUAUUACCUACUAUAACAUCGUGAAUCAGCGCGUUCUUUGUACUCAAACAUGCCGAUUAGUACUUUUAAGUCGCAUUAGGAAUACAAAUGUUUUUUGCAAUCUUAUCAGCCUGAGGAUAAUUGUAGUUUUCCCACUUUUCCCUAUCGCCGCAGGGGAUUAGGCAUUUCGUUGACAUUACUUUUUAAGUGUUGAUUGGAUCAGUUGUUCUAGGCCGAGUGAUAAGAAAACGAACACAAUUACAUGCUUUACAUGUUCAACAUUACUAGUCUAAGCUCAAGAGCACACACCGCAACUUUGAGUUGUGUUAGGGUAGACAGAUAAGGUAGUAACAGUUGUAUAUCGUACAGUAAGUUUACUUUACUUGGACAGUAAGCGUAUAUAUAGGCUUGGGAAUGUGUACAUGCUAUAUAUAACUGUAUAUGAACAUAUAAGCUCAAUAUAAACUUAAGUUUAUAUGUAAAUGUACAUAAAAACCAUCAUAUACAUUACAUAACAAUCCUUUAUAUAAACUUGUGUAUAUAUGUCCUCUACACAUACCCAUGUUACCGUAGUUAAUAGACAUCCCCAGUUCAUGUGUAUAUCACCUCUAUCACUUUGCUGCGAACAUGUUGACAUAACGAUUCCAAUUAUGAAGUUGUUAUAGUCGAUGGCGGAAAGAUAUAAAGCAGUAGGUUGAGCGAGAGACAUUGAGGUAAUUCAUCAAACUUUAUUGUUAAUGUAAUCAACUUGAUGGCUUUAUUGAUGUACUUUGAAGUGACUUGUUUGAGAACUACUUCCAAUAGGUUACAGGAUCCCAACAUACGAUCAUUGGUUGAGGUAUGUAAUAUACGAUAACUUAACUGACUAUCUGAGACAGUAGGCCUAGCUAUAUUAGGUAGUGGAAGUAGAGUCAGUUACUGAGCACAGGUACAAUCCAUUCCUCAUGCAUAAUAAUUAAAAACGAAAGAAUUAACGGAUCCACCCCGACCCCAAUCUUUUGCUACUUCCGCCGCUACAAUUCAAUGUCACGAUGAUGUUUCACAAAACAUAAUCAAAACAUUGUCAUGUCGCAUUAACAGCGGUCGUAAAUAAAAAGAAAUAUAUACUUAAGAUCACGUCAGUGGCGUCGCGCGGUCGCUUAUUAAUCACCAAGUUGAAGUUGCAUUCAGGACCUGAUUCUCUUUUGUUUGCAGGUGCGCCCGAACUUCCGGUCUAG